UUUAAAAAUAAUUAUUAUUAAAUUUUUUAUUUGUUCGUAAUAUUAUGUAAAUUUAGGAAGGAAUAAUUAAGUCAGUUAAAGGGUUAUUUUUUUAAUAGGUUGUUAUCAUAGGAUUAAAUGCUAGUCGAUUUGUAAACACAUUAUUGUCUAAUCUACAUUCAGUUAAUUUGUGUGUACUAUUGUUCGAAUUUGAUUUGUUUACAUACGAGUAUAUUAAAGUUUCCGUUGAAAACGAAAAGAAAAACAUUAGGUUUAAUUUUGGAGUAUCCGUUUUUAUGAAUUUAGAAUGUGCCUUUUAUAAGCCUAUUAAAAUCAACUAUACUUUAAAUCUUAAUUUUGAAUUCAUUUAAACCAUUUGUUGUAAUUUUAUAUUGUGGUCCAUACCAACUAUAAAAAAUCGUUGUAUAACUAUGAACGAGUGUUCUAUGUAUAUUCAACAUGAUUGGGAAGAAUGUAUCAGGUCCAUUGGAAACAAAGUUUGGAUUUCUGUUAAGCAGAGAAAUAAUCCUAGUAUACAUGGCCACUUGGUAUGUAAAUCCCUCAAAGUUAACGGAUUACCAAUUAUACAGGGUACAAAUGGAUUUGAAGUAGAAUCAGUAUCAUCAUAUGCUAUUCAAGUAAAGCAAACUUCCUGUACUUUGGUUACAUUAUUAUCACCUUAUAGAGUUUUCAAAGAUGUACAUAAUACCAGUAUAACUUCAAUGGAUGUUAUUGGUAAUCAGUGUGUAACUGCAUCAGAUAGUGUUUUAAAAAUUUGGAACAGCUUAGAUUAUGAAAAAGAAAAAGAAAUCACUAUGACUGGUCAUUAUGGUGAUAUUUAUUGUUGUCGUUGGUUUCCCAGUGUUAAGGUUGUCUUAAGUUGUGGUGCUGAUUUACGAAUUAAAAUUUGGUCCGCUGAUACUGGAGAAUGCGCUGCUACAUUAACUGGGCAUACAAAAGCUGUAACAGAUUUAGCUAUAGUUGAUAGAGGGCGAAAUAUUAUAUCUGUUUCCAAAGAUGGGACUGCCAAAUUAUGGCAUGUUGCAAGUGGAAAAGUAAUUGAUGACCUUGUUAAGUUUAAUCCCACAACAUUCAUAAAUUGUUGUUCAAUAAAUUCACCAAAAAAUAUUAAUCUUGGAGAGCGUGACAUACCUGCUUUUGAAAUAGAAGUUGGCACAGAUGACAAAUGUAUAUUAGUUGGUUGUGAAAAUGGUAUACUUGCGUUUAUCGGUGUUUAUUCACGAAAAACACUUGCUACAAAUGAUUUAGACAGCCCCAUAAACGCUUGUUAUUUAAAUGACAAUGCACAAGUAUUUAUUGGCUGCAAUGAUGGACGUGUGAUAUGGAUGAAUGAACAACUAGUCAUUAAACACUGUGUUUAUGACACCAAUUCCCCUGUUAGAUGUUUAUGUUUAUUUAAAGAACUGGUGGUAUGUGGACAUGGAGACGGUUCAUGUGUAUUACGGUCAACCAGUGGAAAAAAAGCAUAUUUGACUGGAACAAACGCAGACCCAAUCUAUGAUGUCUGUACAGACACACGGUUUCUGUAUACUGCGAGCAGAGAUGGAGCUAUCAGAAAAUAUUUACCUGAAUUAUUGCUAAACUAAGAAAUUAAUAUUUUUUUAUAAUUAUAUAUUUAUGGACGA